AUAUAUAUAUAUAUAUAUAUAUAUAACCCUGAAGUUAAACCUGUUGGGUAUAUCUAACUUCAGCGGGGAAAGAAAGAAGGCAAGCUUAUGUCGACUCCAGGGGUGCAUUUGCAUAUUGAAGAUCACCAUGUGGUGCUAGAUAAUGGGAUACUUCAGGUCACAUUAUCAAAUCCGGGAGGAAUCGUCACCGGGGUACGGUACAAUAACGUCGACAAUUUGCUUGAAGUUCUUGAUGAUGAAGUUAAUAGAGGGUACUGGGACCUUGUAUGGAGUGCAGCAGGAAGCACAGGGACAACAGGAACUUUCGAUGUGUUUGAAGGCACAAGUUUUAGAGUCAUAGUGGAAAAUGAAGACCAAGUAGAGAUUUCAUUCACAAGAACAUGGGAUCCAUCUCUUGAAGGCAAACUUGUUUCUCUAAAUUUAGACAAAAGGUUUAUAAUGCUCCGUAACUCUUCAGGAUUUUACUCCUAUGCUGUUUUUGAGCACUUGGGAGAAUGGCCUCCUUUCAACCUCCCGCAAACCAGAAUUGUCUUCCAGCUCAGAAAAGACAAAUUUCACUACAUGGCCAUAGCAGACAACAGGCAGAGAUUCAUGCCCCUUCCUGAUGACCGCUUACCGGAAAGAGGCCAACCACUAGACUUUCCAGAAGCAGUCUUGCUUGUUGAUCCUGUGGAACCUGAAUUUAAAGGAGAGGUGGAUGAUAAGUAUGAAUAUUCCUUAGAAAACAAAGAUCUCAAGGUUCACGGUUGGAUAUGCUUUGAUCCACCUAUCGGGUUUUGGCAAAUCAACCCGAGCAGUGAGUUUCGGUCCGGUGGACCCCUGAAACAGAACCUAACCUCUCAUGUUGGUCCCUACACUCUUGCAAUGUUUCUAAGUGCUCAUUAUUCUGGAGAAGACCUGGUGUUGAAACUCAAUCCAGGUGAGCCAUGGAAGAAAGUUUUCGGACCUGUUUUUAUGUAUGUUAAUUCUGUGGAGGAUAAAGACGAUGCCCUUUCUCUAUGGAAUGAUGCUCAAGAGCAGAUGUUAAAGGAAGUUCAAAGUUGGCCAUACAGCUUUCCAGCUUCUGAGGAUUUUCCACAUUCUGAUCAACGGGGUACGAUUAGUGGUACAUUACAAAUCCGAGAUAGGUAUGUUAGCAACGAGUGCAUACCAGCAAAUGGCGCUUAUGUUGGCCUAGCACCACCAGGCGAUGUUGGAUCAUGGCAAACAGAAUGCAAGGGGUACCAAUUCUGGACAAAUGCAGAUGCGGAUGGCUAUUUCUCCAUCAGUAGUGUACGCUCUGGAGAGUAUAAUCUUUAUGCAUGGGUUCCUGGUUUCAUUGGGGAUUACCGUAAUGAUUGUGUCAUUAAGAUAACUGCAGGUUGUGACAUCAACGUCGGUGAUCUCUUAUAUGAGCCUCCAAGGGAUGGUCCAACAUUGUGGGAAAUAGGCAUUCCUGAUAGGACGGCCGGGGAAUUUUACAUUCCUGAUCCUAAUCCAAAGUAUAUCAACAAACUUUACAUCAACCAUCCUGACAGGUUUAGGCAAUAUGGAUUGUGGGAAAGAUAUGCAGAUCUGUACCCUAACGAAGAUUUGGUUUACACUGUUGGCGUUAGUGACUACAAGAAAGAUUGGUUUUUUGCUCAAGUAAACAGGAAAAAAGAUGAUGGCAUAUAUCAAGGGACUACAUGGCAAAUCAAGUUUGAACUUGACAGUUUAGAUCAAAGUGGAACAUAUAAGCUGCGAUUGGCACUGGCAACUGCCAACGUCGCAGAAUUGCAAGUUCGCAUAAAUGAUGGAAAAGCAGAUUCUCCCCAAUUUACAACUGGAGAAAUUGGGCAUGACAACACAAUAGCAAGACAUGGAAUUCAUGGCCUCUACCGGCUUUACUCUGUAGAUGUGCCAGGCACUCAGCUUGUGGAGGGAGAAAACUCCAUUUUCCUGACACAAACAAUUAGCACAGGCCCUGUCCAAGGCAUCAUGUAUGAUUAUAUUCGUCUGGAAGGGCCUCCAGCUUCUGAUUCCUAAAUAUACUAAAAUGGCUUGUUAUCAUUUCUCUGUAAAUUAUGUUGCUCUGUUUCUUUUCUUGCUUUUUAAUGCUGAUAAUUAAAUCAAUGAAUUGUGCUUUACUAA